AGGUGAAAUCUGUGCUUUUAAAAUCCAUGGACAGGAAAUGCCUUUUGAAGCUGUUGUGCUAAACAAGACAUCUGGAGAAGGUCGUCUCCGAGCAAAAAGUCCAAUUGACUGUGAACUACAAAAGGAGUACACAUUCAUCAUCCAGGCAUACGACUGUGGAGCGGGACCUAGUGGAACAAACUGGAAGAAAUCUCACAAGGCAGUGGUCCAUAUCCAGGUGAAGGAUUCUAAUGAGUUUGCACCUACCUUCAAGGAGACCUCAUAUAAGGCUACAGUGACAGAGGGAAAGAUCUAUGACAGUAUAUUGCAGGUGGAAGCCAUGGAUGAGGACUGUUCUCCACAGUUCAGCCAGAUAUGCAAUUAUGAAAUUGUCACAACGGAUGUUCCUUUUGCCAUUGACAGAAACGGUAAUAUCAGAAACACCGAGAAGCUGAACUACGAUAAACAGCACCAGUAUGAGAUAAUGGUAACUGCUUUUGACUGUGGGCAGAAACGUGCAACAGAAGAUGUCUUAGUACGAGUUGAUGUCAAACCAGUGUGCAAACCAGGCUGGCAAGACUGGAACAAGCGUAUUGAGUAUAAGCCUGGCUCUGGCAGCAUACCUUUGUUUCCCAGCAUUCGUCUGGAAACCUGCGAUGGACCUGUUUCCUCUAUCCAAACCACCAUUGAACUUCAAACCAAUUACAUUGGAAAAGGCUGUGACCGAGAAACAUACUCAGAGAAAUCACUACAAAAAUUAUGUGGAGCAUCCUCGGGUGCCAUUGACUUAUUACCCACUCCUAGUGAAACAACUAACUGGACAGCAGGACUUCUAAUAGACAACAAUGACCUGAUUUUUAAAUUUGAUGGAAAACAAGGAGCUAAAAUUCCUGAUGGAAUAGUACCAAAAAAUUUAACUGAUCAAUUCACUAUCACUAUGUGGAUGAAACAUGGACCUAGUCCAGGACUGAGAGCUGAAAAAGAAACCAUUCUCUGCAACUCUGACAAGACAGAAAUGAAUCGACAUCACUAUGCUCUUUAUGUGCACAACUGUCGUCUGGUGUUUCUGUUGCGUAAAGACUUUGACCAGGCUGAUACAUUUCGCCCGGCAGAGUUCCACUGGAAGUUGGAUCAGAUUUGUGAUAAAGAAUGGCACUACUACGUCGUCAAUGUUGAGUUUCCUGUGGUUACUUUAUAUAUGGACGGCACGACAUAUGAGCCUUACCUUGUGACAAAUGAUUGGCCUAUUCAUCCAUCACAUAUAGACAUGCAGCUAACGGUUGGUGCUUGUUGGCAAGGAGGGGAAGUUGCAAAACCCAGAUUUGCUCAGUAUUUCCAUGGCAGCCUUGCCAGCCUCACUAUCCGGCCAGGCAAAAUUGAGAGUCAGAAAGUGAUUUCCUGUUUGCAGGCCUGCAAGGAGGGUCUGGAUAUUAAUUCUCUUGAAAGUCUUGGCCAAGGAAUAAAGUAUCACUUCAACCCUUCCCAGUCAGUCCUUGUCGUAGAAGGAGAUGAUAUUGAGAAUAUAAAUCAAGCUCUCCAAAAGGUCUCGUAUAUCAACUCUAGACAGUUCCCUACCGCAGGCAUACGGCGUCUUAAAGUCUCAUCUAAAGUCCAGUGUUUUGGUGAAGAUGUCUGCAUUAGCAUCCCAGAUAUCGAUGCGUAUGUGAUGGUGUUUCAGGCCAAUGAGCCCAAGAUCACAAUAAGUGGAAUGGACCACUUUGCUAGACCGGCGGCACAAUUUGAAAGUGAAAGAGGAGUGACUCUCUUACCAGACAUCAGAAUUGUCAGUACAGUCACCAAAGUGGAACAUCAGGAAGAAAACAGUACAGUCCAUAAGCCAGUUGUGUUAGAGGAAAUGCUUCACAACUUGGAUUUCUGUGACAUUUUGGUAAUUGGUGUGGAUCUGGAUCCUAGACAGGAAUGUUUAGAAUUGGAUCAUAAAGAACUUCAAGGAAAACAUCUGGAUGCCACAAACUCCACAACAGGGUAUUCUAUCUAUGGUGUAGACACAAUGAGAAACUAUGAACUGGUGCUCCGACAGGUUCGUUAUCGGAAUUGGCACACUUCCAACGUCUUUGACAGAAAGUUCAGGAUCAAGUGCUCAGAGCUGAAUGGGCGAUACACCAGUAAUGAUUUCAACUUGGAGGUUAAUAUUCUACACAACUCCAACUCUAAUUUUAUGGACCAUGUAAGUCACUUGGUAAUACAGCCACAGUUUCUCCAGUCUAUUCAUCACCCAGAGGAAAGCGUAAACAGCAUUCAUAGCUCAGUUGUUCCAAGCGUGGCCACCAUUGUUAUAAUAAUGUGUGUCAGCAUACUAGUCUUCAUCAUAGCCUUGGGCAUCUACAGAAUUCGAACUUCUCAUCACCACAGCUCUACUGAAAAUGAAGGAAGUAAAGAAAAUGAAAUGGAUUGGGAUGAUUCUGCUCUAACCAUUACUGUCAAUCCCAUGGAGAAAUACGAAGAGCCUCAACAUGUAGAAGAAGAGAGUGAGGAGGAGGUGGAAGAGGAAGAGGAAGAGGAAGAUACAACCAGUGAUGAUUCAGGGGAAAGUGAAGAGGAAGAAGAGGAAGAAGAGGAGGAAGAAGAAAUUGGAAAUGAGGGGAAGAAACAGAAUGCCAGCAGGCAAGAGCAGCUGGAGUGGGAUGAUUCAACACUCCAUUACUAGAGCCUGCCAGUUCCAUUGCUCCUUUUGUAAACACCAAUAUAAUGUAUUUACGAGUUAAGUUAAUCUGAGUCUAUGCAUUAACUGACAGGAUUUGAAUUUAUUGACUGAAAUAUAGUUCUGUUGCCCAAACUGAUAUACAGUAAAACUCCAAUAGUCCGGCAUCCAAUAGUCCGGCACUCCUGAUAGUCCGGCAUCAAAAUGGCAAGAGCCUAGUGAGUGAGCUU